UGGGAACCUCUAAUGAGCAUUUCGAAAGAACUAGCUAAUAAUGAUCCGUGAAAAAAAUAAAAACACCAAGAAAAAUCCUAGAGAACGAGCUAAUUGUUUUUCGUUAAUUACAUUUUGGUACAUAACAGACCUAAUCAAAAAGGGCUACUAUAAGAAAACCAUCGAAGAAGAUGACCUUUACGAAGUUACGAAACGUUGCGAAUCGAAAACCUGCGGGGACAGAAUCGAAGAAGAAUAUCGAAAACAGAAAACUGGAGGAAAACCACCAUCAUUGUUUCACGUACUGUAUAAAAUUUACGGGUUUAGAUACUUGUUAUGGGGAAUAACACAACUGAUAGCAGAACUGAUAAACAGGAUAAUGCAACCGAACGCUGUGAGUAAUUUGGUAUAUUAUUUCACCCCGGGCCAAACAAAAAUGACGAAAUUCGACGCGAUCCUCAACGCCGGAAUGCUACUGUUCGCGAACUUGUACCAAAAAAUGUACUUUCACAACUACGAUUUGUUCCUGAAUUUAAUCGGAAUAGAGGUGAGGACGUCUCUGUGCUCGUUUCUCUUCAGGAAAGUGCUCAAACUGAGCCCAGCGGCCGUUUCUCAAGCGAAUUUGGGCAACGUCGUCACUUUAAUCACCAAAGAUGUCCAGCAAAUCAAAAGAACAAUAUUCAUUUUUAACGAUUCCUGGGUGUUUACCCUCACAGUAUGCACCACCUGUUUUUUAUUAUAUUUGAAAAUCGGCGCUGUUUCAUUGAUCGCGAGCGGAGUUUUUAUCUGCGCUAUUCCACUAGAAGUGCUGAUUGGUAAAUUCAUCAACAAAUUGCGAACGGAAACGUGCGAGAAAACCGAUCAGAGACUCCAACUCACACAAGAAAUUCUAACGGCCAUUAAAAUAAUCAAAAUGUACGCUUGGGAGGAAUUUUUCGAGCGAAAAAUUGAUUCUGCCAGAAGGAAAGAAGUAGCGAAAAUGCUUAUAGUUUUCUAUCUUCGAAUGAUUCUCAUGCUAAUAGGAACGAUAGUAUCUAAGAUAGGUUUGUACCUGCUCAUCAUGGGUUACAUUUGGAUGGACGAACCGACUGAUGCUUCAGUAGUGUUUUUCAUAACAGCCCAUUUCGAAACGUUGAGAAUCUAUUUCGCCCAUCUUUUACCGAGCUCCUUCGGCAAAAUCGCCGAAUUUUCCACCACUUUGUCGAGAAUAAACAAAGUAUUGCAAACAGAAGAAAUAAAUACUGAUAACGACUUCUCAAACACCCCCACGCCUUCGAUACACCUCGACAACGUCACGAUCGCCAUCGAUGAUAAAGAAAUUAUAAAAAAUAUCUAUUUCAACGCGAUAACAGGUCUAACUUUAAUCACCGGCAAAGUGGGUUCCGGUAAAAGCUUACUUCUAAAAACUAUGUUGCAGGAGUAUCCCCUUAAAGGCGGUACAUUAAGGGUGGAAGGGAAAAUUUCGUACGCCUCCCAGAACCCUUGGUUAUUCCCCAGCACUAUCAAACAGAAUAUUUUAUUCGGCGAAAAAUUCGAUGCAAACAGAUAUGCAGAAGUGUUGAGAGUAUGCGCCCUUAAAUACGACCUAAACCUCUUCGAAAAGGGAGACGAAACAAUUCUCACAGACAACGGCCAGAACCUGAGCAAAGGCCAGCAAGCAAGAGUGAAUUUGGCUAGAGCAGUUUACAAACAAAGCGAUAUUUACCUGCUAGAUGAUUGCUUGUCCGCUUUGGACGCGCACGUGCGCAAUUUCAUAUACAACGAAUGCAUCAAGAAUUUCCUCAGCAGCAAAAUUUGCUUGUUAAUCACCCAGGAUGAAAGUAAAUUCGAUCGAGAAGAUGUCUUCGCGAUGAACGAUGGUGUACUACAAAAAUACUCCAGCGAUAAUUCCAUUAAGGAUUCCAGCGAAUUGCGGGAUUUAAACGAAUCGAGUCCCGAGGAAAUUGGAUUUUCAGAAUUCGAAUCGCACGAAACCGAUGAGUUAUUGGAAACCGAGCAGACUGUUCACGAAAAUAUCUACGAAGAACAGCUGAAACAAGGCGGAGUCGAUGCGAUGGUUUAUAAAAAGUACAUUUCACACGGCGGCGGUUUGCUGAUACUGCUGAUGAAUUUGCUGCUAAUUGGUUUCAAUCAAGCGUCGGACAGUUACUGCGAAAAACUGCUAUCCGUUUGGAGCGACGAAAAGCAACGGGUCCUAAACCUCCAAAUCAACAUCACCAUUUCCUCCACCAACUCCUCCGAACUGCGGGAUGCUCUAGAAACGGCCGAUUCCCGAGCGGCUUCGACGUUUCGAACUUACACCAUCAUGCUGGCGGUCGCCGUCGUCCUGGAGCUCGUUCGAACCUACACGUUCCUGGACUUUUGCAGGAGAGCGUCCAUCAGGAUCCACGAAUCGAUGGUGCGGACCGUCCUGCACGCCGCCGUGACCUUCUUCGAUUCCCACUUCAUCGGGAACAUUUUGAAUCGGUUCUCGCAGGACAUCACCAACGUCGACGAGAACCUGCCGUUCGAAUUGAGCGGGUCUUUGGGAGUGUUAUUUAGCGUAGGAGGAGCUGUAGCUUUGCUGGUAUCGGUAAAUCCAUAUUUUUUGAUAUACGCCUUGUUGCUAUUUUGCACUUAUCUGAUCUAUUCCAAGAUAUAUCUUCCGAUAGCGAGGAAUUUGCAACGAUUAGAAGCUUCGACUCGCAGUCCGAUGAUAGGUCAUUUGAACGCAGCUUUGGAAGGCGCCACUACGAUAAGAGCUUUCCGAGCGGAAAAUUUGGUUAUAAACGAAUACGAAAAGCGCCAAGAUGUUUUCACUUCUGCCCACUACACUCUAAUGAAUUUCCAAUACGCUUUCGCGUUUUUCAUGCAAACCAUGGCUGCUGCAAUGGUCACCAUGGUGGUGUCAACUUUUAUUUUAUUCGAUACAGAUGCUUCUGCUGGAAAUAUCGGCUUGGGGCUAAUGCAAGUGCUAAGUUUAGGCUCGUUAGUUCAAACGACUCUGAAGUCCUGGGCGGAUUUGGAAAGCACCAUGACCGCUACGGAAAGAGCUUUGGAGUACACUGGCAUAAAAACCGAAUCGAAGAAAGGCACAAUCAGCAACAAUUGGCCCAACAAAGCCACCAUUAAAUACGAAAACGUCUCGUUGAGUUACAACGCCAACGAAAUCGUUUUGGACGAGCUAAACUUCUCGGUGGAUUCGAAAGAAAAAAUAGGCAUCGUCGGUCGAACCGGCGCCGGGAAAUCCUCCAUCGUGUCCACCAUAUUCCGCUUGUACGACGUAGAAGGAACGAUUCUGAUCGACGGCGUAAAUAUCGGAUCGCUCCCUUUGGAAUUCCUCAGGAGAAAUCUGGCUAUCAUCCCGCAAGAUCCCGUCCUGUUUUCCGGAAGCAUCCGAUCGAACCUGGACCCUUUCCGAAAAUCCACCGACGAGGAACUGUGGACGGUGCUGGAGAGGACGCACCUGAAGCGGUUCAUAGCGCGUCUGGACGCCGACGCCAGGGCGUCGAAUUUCAGUCUCGGUCAGAAACAGAUGGUUUGCGUGGCCAGGGCGAUUCUGGCCGAUGCGAGGAUCGUCGUUCUGGACGAAGCCACCGCUAAUUUGGAUCCGGAUACGGAGCGAUUGAUUCGCAGGACGAUAUCGGAGAAUUUCGCGGAAUGUACGGUACUGAUCAUCGCUCACAGGCUGGAAACCGUUUUGGAGUGCGACAAGAUAAUGGUGCUGGAUCGCGGGAGGAUUGUGGAAUUCGACCAGCCUGGAGUUUUGCUGCAGGACAAUAACGGGUGGCUCAGUAGAAUGAUUUCGCGAGAUGAUGUUCGCAGGAAAUCUCCAUUGGAUUAAACGAAUUUUAUUCAUACGUUUUCUGUACAACUGUAUUGUUCAAAAUAAAUGAUUGUUUUAAGGAAGCCCCAUUUCAUUUCCAGCAAAUUAGAG